UGUCGUCGAAUGACGCUGUGGCUUGUGGCUGGCAUCUCACCUCCUGCCGAGAGGAAAGCGAACAGUUCCCGAUCUUCAGGAAGGAUCGUGUCAAGCCAACGAGAAGCGCAAAACCAGCCGUCACAAAUUGAACACAAACAGCGUGCUAAUCCUUUCCAAGAGAAGCAAAAAGGUCCCUAUCAGCAAAAGAAAAUACUACCAGCAAGAAAACCAUGGUGUCAUCGUCUAUUACCUUGCUAAUACUGGCUGCAGCCGCCUCGAAAUUGACAGAGGCAUUUUUGUUGGAUACCUCCUAUCGGCAUCCUACGAGUCUUGUUGUUCGAGGCAAUGCGGCAAGAUUCCCAUUUCUGGUGUUGUCGUCCAAGAAGAACAGUUGGAAUGAGGAACAUCUUGCCCAUGGCGCCUCUGAAGUACAUGAAGAAACCAAUGAAGAGCUGCUGAAAUCGGAGCAAGAUGCUGCUUGGGAUGCCCAUGACCUCUCAGACCCUGGCAUGGAGUCCGCAGCAGAAGAAAGAGCUGUCAUGUUGGCUGCAGAAAUGGUACAUUAUUGGAAGGAAAAGAAAACUCAAGACAAACCCAAACAACAAGAAAAGUGGAACAAACAACACUUGGCUCAUAGCGCAUCAGAAGUUCACGAGGAAACAACUGAAGAGCUGCUAGAAUCAGAAGAAGCUGCAGCCUGGGAUGCCCAUGAACUGUCUGACCCUGGAAUGGAAUCUGCUGCAGAAGAGAGGGCUGUCAUGUUGGCGGCAGAAAUGGUGCAUGAGUGGAAGGAAAAGAAAACUCAAGAAAAACCCAGCAACCAGGAAAAGUGGAAUGAAGAACAUCUCGCCCAUGGUGCAUCAGAAGUUCAUGAGGAAACAACUGAAGAGCUGCUAGAAUCAGAACAAGCUGCUGCUUGGGAUGCCCAUGACCUCUCAGACCCUGGAAUGGAGUCAGCAGCAGAAGAACGAGCUGUCAUGUUGGCAGCAGAAAUGGUACAUGAAUGGAAGGAAAAGGCAAGGGCUGCAAAGAAAAAUAAAUAAAUGAACAGGGCAUCCAUUGGGCAAAAUACACCAAUAAUGGGCACUUUUGGAUAAAAGGACACUCGUCAUUACUUUUAGGCACCAGACUACACGUGUUUUGUACCAUGCAAAAUAGAGCGUCAUAGUUCCUUUGUCCAAGUUUGAUAGACACCGGUAGCUACCUAGAUCCAAAAGAGAGCAAAACGAGAGAUACUACCAAUAACAAGGGGGCAUA